CCUCGGGUCGUCCGCUAUGUCGAUACUUUUCAAGAAACGCGUCUCAGCACUGUUCUCAUCAUGGAGUAUUUCGGUGCUGACACGCUCUGGCACCAACACCAGGAGUGUGAGCUUCGGAGGGAUGAAGUACUUGUGCUUCAGCAGUCCCUUAACGCCCUCGUCUACUUGCACGAGGCGGACGUGACCCACCAGGACCUCAAGCCUCUAAACAUCCUCCUCCGCUCUCGCAACCCCAUCGACGUGGCGUUAGCCGACUUUGGCUGGGCCAGGGAAUCGGCAGAAUCCAUGUCCACGGUCUACGCCGGCACCGUUCACUACCGCGCUCCCGAGGUGCUCGCUCACGCCCGAUAUCGCAGCCUGGUCGACAUCUGGUCGCUUGGUGUAGUCGGCCUUGAGCACCUCCAAGAGCUCCCGAACGAGGAACACUCGUCAACGGAAGCGGACUACGCGCUCAGCAUCUCGGUCUAUGCCGAGUUCCUGGCCAUUUACGACCCCUCGCACACCCACCGGCGCCUACUGAGCCAGAUGCUGCGUGAGAAGCCCGCCGAACGGCUGACAGCCGUAGAAUGCCUGAAGGCCGUAUCCGACUUGAUUGCCUAA